UUGGUUUGGAUCAAAACUAAAGUUGUCCUGGCAUUUCUGGGACUGAAUCCAGGCAAGAGGAAGGAGAAAAAAGAAGGAGAAAAUAAAAGCAGGAGAAGGAGGCAAAAGAGAAAUAGUGGGAAGAAAUAAAGGGAGACGAGAAGGGGGAAAAGUCCUUUUUUCAACAUCACAUUCCUGUGUUUUCCCUCAGCCUGGAAAACGUAUUAAUCCCUGUGCUUUUACCUCUGAGACAAAGGAACUGAGCCGGACUGUGGGAGAAAGAGUGAUAAGAAGGUUCCUGAACUCUCCAAAGAGAAAGAGCAAGAUUCCAAAAUAGCUGGGGCUCCACAUUAAAGAACAUCCUGAUUCAGCACGGGGGGACGGACACUGAAGGCACAAGAAGACGGGCAGAGACUCGGGACAAAUGGAGAUGCAAAGAUUUCAAAAAACCACUGCUUGCACCUCAUCUUACUUGUCAAGAAGGUAAAAAGUCACAGCCGGGAAGAAAAGAAAGCCACCGGGCUCUCAGGUCACUACCGGCUGUGGGUCUGGGGUGUUGCUUUGGGAGCCGGAGUGAGGCACACCCCCUCCCCCUCUGUAUCUCUCAGCCUGGAGCACGGGAAAGAGGGAAAGUGUUGCAUCUAGGAAACCGUCCUGGGACCACACUUCAGAUUGCUUCGGGAACGCUCUGCAUUCCAUCUCCAUGAGCCACAAUUGCACUGCACCAUGACACAGAGAAUGGGACCCAGUUGGACCAUGCUGUUGGCCAUGUGGCUGGUGUGCAGCUCGGAAUCCCACGCGCAGGCCACGAACCGGGGGAGUCACGGAAGCCGCCGAGCACCCCUCUUCCCCCCGUCCAGCGGUAGGCCGGCCCGGUUUCUGAGGCACACGGGGAGGUCUCAGGACACGGGGAGAACCACCGCGGCAGAAGCCAGCCUUCAACCUCUGCCCAGAAGGAGCGUGCCAGUGAUGAGGAUAGCCCGGACCACGGCGCUGCCAGCCGCAGCGGGUCUCCAGGGGGCCCCGGAGCGACCCGAGCAGAGACCCCCCAGGGCCCGGACCCCAGCCCGGGAGAUGGUCCGAGACGAGGGCUCUGCAGCCCGCACCAGGACGCUGCGCUUCCCCGCGAGCUCCAGCUCCCCCAACAUCCUGGCUAGCUUCGCGGGCAAGCACCGCGUGUGGGUCAUCUCGGCCCCGCACGCGGCCGACGGCUACUACCGCCUGAUGAUGAGCCUGCUGAAGGACGACGUGUACUGCGAGCUGGCCGAGCGGCACAUCCAGCAGAUCGUGCUGUUCCACCAGGCGGGCGAGGAGGGCGGCCGGGUGCGGCGCAUCACCGGCGAGGGCCGCGUGCUGGAGCGGCGCCUGGAGCCGGGCCUCGUGCCCAAGCUCAUGAGCUUCCUCAAGCUGGAGAAGGGCAAGUUCGGCAUGGUGCUGCUGAAGAAGACGCUGCAGGUGGAGGAGCGCUACCCGUACCCGGUCCGGCUGGAAGCCCUGUACGAGCUCAUCGACCAGGGCCCCAUCCGCAGGAUCGAGAAGAUCCGCCAGAAGGGCUUCGUGCAGAAGUGCAGGGCGGCGGGGGUGGAGGGCCAGGUGGUGCCGGAGGACGGCGACGGGCACGGCGAGGGCAGGCCCGGCCUGAGCGCCGAGAAGAGGAAGGAGGAGCCGCCCAGGCGAGCCCAGGUGCCCCCCACCCGCAAGGUCUGGAGGAAGCCCGCCGCCACCACGACGGCCGCCUCCCCUGCCCCGUCCCCGACGCCCCGGGUCACCACGCUUCCCCCUGCUCCGGCCACUACAGCCACUCGGACCACCUCGCGGGUGGUCACCGUCGCCGCCAGGCCGACUCCCACCACCACCACCACCACCACCACCACCACCACCACCACUACGGUCUUUCCCACCACGCAGAGGCCCUGGACGCCCCGGGUCAACCCUUCCCUAGACACGCACAGGGCCCCGGCCACAGCCGAAGUGACCACCGUCGGGGGACCGGCGGCCUCGGAGAAUCUGUCCCCUCCUCCCCGGAAGGAGGCCACCCGCGAGAGGCCGCAGAGCACCCGCAGGCCCAGCAAGACCCCGGGUUUGGAGAGCGUCCCCAGCGCCCCUCCAGCCACCGUCCCAGAGCACAGCCCCCGGGGGGGCGCGGGUCGCCUCCGCGACAACCGCACCGACCGGCGGGAGCCCAAGGCGGGGCCGCACAAGCCCCCCAAGGCCAAGCCCCCCAAAAGGAAGGCCCAAGACAAACUGCUCAGCAACGAGUAUGAGGAUAAGUACGACCCGGGUGCGCCCACGGCCUCGCAGCUGGAGGAGGAGCUGCAGGUGGCCCGUGUGCCCCCGCAGAAAGCCAAGGAGUCUGCAAAGCACCAGAAGCUCGAGAAAGCCGAGAAGGAGAAGAAGAAAAAGGCCAAGCACGAGAAAGUGGACAAGUUGCUCAAGAGCGAGAAGCCGGGGAAGAAGGCGGAGAAAAAGAGCAAGCCCGAAAAGGAGAAGAGCAAGAAGAAGAAGGCGAGCAAAGGGGAGCAGGGUGGCUACACGAAGCCCCCUGGCCAACACGUCCAGCAGAGCCUCGGGAAGGCCGUGACUGAUCUUCUCGGGCUCUUCGAAGGCAAACGAAGGCUUCUACUUAUCACUGCUCCUAAGGCUGAGAACAACAUGUAUGUACAACAGCGAGAUGAGUAUCUGGAAAGUUUCUGCAAGAUGGCCACCAGAAAAAUCUCUGUGAUCACCAUCUUCGGCCCUGUCAACAAUAGCACCAUGAAAAUCGACCACUUCCAGCUAGAUAAUGAGAAACCUAUGCGAGUGGUUGAUGAUGAAGACUUGGUAGAUCAGCAUCUUAUCAGUGAGCUGAGAAAAGAAUAUGGAAUGACCUACAAUGACUUCUUCAUGGUGCUCACAGACUUGGACAUGAGAGUCAAGCAAUACUAUGAGGUGCCUAUAGCAAUGAAGUCUGUGUUCGAUUUGAUCGAUACUUUCCAGUCCCGAAUCAAAGACAUGGAGAAGCAGAAGAAGGAGGGAAUAGUUUGCAAGGAAGACAAGAAGCAGUCCUUGGAGAACUUCCUAUCCAGGUUUCGUUGGAGGCGGCGGCUGCUGGUGAUCUCUGCUCCUAAUGAUGAAGACUGGGCCUAUUCACAGCAGCUCUCUGCCCUCAGUGGUCAGGCAUGCAAUUUUGGUCUGCGCCACAUAACCAUUCUGAAGCUUUUAGGUGUCGGGGAGGAAGUUGGAGGUGUUUUAGAACUGUUCCCGAUUAAUGGGAGUUCUGUUGUUGAGCGAGAAGACAUACCAGCUCACUUGGUGAAAGACCUACGUAACUAUUUUCAAGUGAGCCCAGAGUACUUCUCCAUGCUUCUAGUUGGAAAGGACGGAAAUGUAAAAUCCUGGUAUCCUUCUCCAAUGUGGUCCAUGGUGAUCGUGUAUGAUUUAAUUGAUUCUAUGCAACUCCGCAGACAGGAAAUGGCCAUCCAGCAGUCACUGGGAAUGCACUGCCCGGAAGAUGAGUAUGCAGGAUAUGGUUACCAUAAUUACCACCAAGGAUACCAGGAUGGAUACCAGGAUGACUAUCGUCAUCAUGAGAGCUACCACCACGGAUACCCUUACUGAACAGAAAUAUGUAACCUUGGCCCCAGCCCGUUGCCCCUGCUGCUGUUAAAACCUAUGUGGCCAGCCAUGUAAGAACUUCCAGCCAAUUAAGAACUUCUUAGUUCUUCCACGUUGCCUAGAUUCCUGCCUUUUUUAUUUCAUUGUUUUUCCAAGAUUAAAUAAAUAGCAAACUUUUGCCCACUGAUAAGUUAAUUGUCACCUUAAAUCAUAGAGCCAUUGAAAGGAACAGUUGUUUCUCCAAUUGGAGUGCAUCUAGU